GCUGGCACUCAGUUUUGGACCGUACCUCGCGCUGGGCACUGCUUGGGCACCGUUCUCUCCGCAGAAGUUCAUUGGCCACUGACGCACCUUCCUUUUCUCACUCAACCAUUUUCUGUUGGACGCGAGUUCUGCUGGGAAUGGCGUGAGAGACAGUGGUGGGGACGGAUUUCGAGCCUUUCCUUAAGGAACUUGUGGCUUAGCAAGUACUGAAGACAGACAAAAUGGUGAAGAAAAGUGAGCUAAACGGUAGUGGUGGUGGUAUGGAUGUUGGCUUUACGGAAAGAGAAGGAGGGGAAGGUAGUGGACAGAGUACUUACCCUCUAAGCAGUUCAAGUGAAGCAGACUCAAAGAGGCCCUUGACAUCCGCUUCAGGUGACGCUUCCGCCGCGUUAGACCAGGAGGACCCGAGCAGAUGCAAGAAGGACACUGAUGGGAGUUUCGAUGAAGCGCUCAGGCUGGCGGGCAACUGGGGGUUCUGGCAGAAGAAAGUGUUUGUCAUUGCUCACAUGUCCCAGGUGUUCUGUGCCAUCCACGCCGUGUCUGCAGCCUUCCUGAGCUUCACGCCGGAGCAUUGGUGUCGCGUGCCCGGCCUGGACGUGGGCGGCGAGGAUGAGAGAGGAGAGCAAGCCGAGCAGGAUGACGACACUUACUCUGUUUUGGAUUGGAGGAAUUAUUCUAUCCCUUGGGACAACACUAAUGGAUUCGCGCAGUGUGAGUAUUACGAUGUCAACUACACCGAACUCCUGGCCGGGGGCGUGGGCAUGGAGGGCCCGCUGUCUGCGUGGUUGCCGCCGCCCGCCAACACCACCACCGCCACCUGCGACUCAUGGGUGUUUGACCAGUCCGUGUUCCAGUCAACCCUUGUGUCUGAGUUCUCGUUGGUGUGUGACCGCCGCUGGAUGAUGGCCACCGUGCAGGCGUCCUACAUGAGCGGCCUCCUCGUGGGCUCCCUCAUCAUGGGCCAGCUCUCAGACAGGUUCGGGCGCAGGACCAUGUGUGUGAUGUGCGCCGGGGCGGUAGCUGUGGUGGGCAUCAGCGCGGCUUUCGUCGAGACUUACAUUCAGUUCCUGGCUCUGCGUUUCAUCAUCGCCGUGCUCUGUGCUGGACUCAUGGUGAUCAGCUUCGUCCUGGUGAUGGAGGUGGUGAAGCCCGAAGCCCGCACCAUGACAGGGAUGGUCUACGCUGCCUUCUUCGGUAUGGGCAUCACUCUACUGCCGGGCCUGGCUUACCUCAUACGCAGCUGGAGGAAGCUUGAGUUUACCAUCGGAAUGCUAUCAGCCGUGCUCAUGUCCUACUACUGGCUGUUACCGGAAUCACCCCGCUGGUUAGUCUCGCAAAGACGCCACCAAGAGGCUCUCAAGAUCCUGAAGGAGAUAGCAAGGACUAACGGAAGGACGCUGCCCCCAGAUGCGGAAGUCCUUAAGCUUAUAUCAAGAGUGCACGAUUCGCAGAAGGCGGAGGAAGCGAAGGCAGGAGGCACCGGAGGGAAAGGAUCUCGUGUGUCUAGAAUCCUAAAGGCGGUCACCUCCACCAUAAAUGAUCAGGUGACGCUGGUUCGGACUCCCAUCAUGCGUCGCCGCUGCCUCAUCUCCUUCUUCCUGUGGUUCGUGGCCGCCAGUGUGUACUACGGCCUCAUCUUCUCCGGCGCUAACAUCAAGGCCGAUCCUUUCCUUAUGAUCUUCUCCUCCGGCGUGGUUGAGCUGCCUUCCGCCAUUCUCUUCGUCUACCCUCUCGAUAAGUUCGGCCGGCGUCCUACCAUGAUAGGGCUCUUUUUGGCCUGCGGGACGUGCCUGCUGGUGAUCCUGGCCGUACCCAGAGAUAUGAUUUACGUGAACUUCUUGGUAAACCUCGGUAAGUUCUUCACGACGGCGGUGUUCCAGCUGCAGUACCUGUUCGUGGUGGAGCUGAUGCCAACCAACGUGCGGAACAUGGCGGUGGGCACGUGCUCCAUGAUCGCCCGCAUCGGCUGUGUCAUCACCCCCUACAUCGUCACACUACUGGGUGACGUUCAUUAUGCGCUUCCUUCCACCCUGUUUGGCAUCCUCUCAGUGACUGCUGGUCUGCUCACCUUGCUGCUGCCAGAGACCAACCACACACUCCUGCCAGCGACCGUGGAGGAGGUAGAAGACAAACCCAAGUAGAAGUGAACGCUGAGGAAAAAAAAAAGAGAAGGUUGCGAAGGUACAAAGCUUGUGUAGGAUAAAGACAAAAGAAAACGUGGUGGAUUAGGAAUACCUGACGGAGGACGGUGGAAAGGGAAUCAGGUGUGUUUUGCAGAGGUAGGUAAAGUAGAAUGGUUUACCCUAGAGGUGUUGUAGUAGCACCGUACCUGCUGUAGAGGGAGGUGCUGUAAAAAGUCUAGCUGUCUUGGAAUGUAUUUGUUUUCCUUUUUUUUUUUUUAGCUGAGAUGUAGUAGUUGUACGUAGUGUUAUGGAGAAUAUAUUGGUGAUGCAUGCAGUGGGUGAUGUGGAGAAGAUUUUUCUGCUUGCCUGGGUUUAGAAUAAGGACGACGAGACUGGAUGGGUAUAGGUGUCUUUAAACAUGCUCUGUAGUGUACGAACCCCUUCAGUACCGGGACGCAUUUUUUACCAUGAGUUUUUGGGUGUGAUUAGACGAGUUUACUUUCAUUAGCAAGGGUCUAUGGAGGUCAGAAGAUUAAUGGCCAGAGUCUUUACUAUUUUAUACCCCCACACAAUUUUUUGAAGAUGUAUAAAAUCGCCAAAUAGUAAGCAGAAUGAAUAUGAAAACGCGUCAUGGUGUUGUAGGAGUUAAAAGGAUAAGGUUGCUUGAACUCUGGAAGGAAAAACACGGAUGUAAGAAAGGGAAAUGAACCAACCUCCUUAGCGUUAGACGAGAUCCACGUACUGUACCAGAUGUAAGACUGUCAGUAAGCAUGAUGUCAUUGUUGCUGUUUUCCUUUUAUUCUGUUUUUGUAUCUACAUAUAUAAAUGAUGACACUUUCCUGCGUAGUUUUAAAGGAAGAUUACAUAAAAAAACUUGUGAAAUGAUAAAUACAGCUUAUAAGUAAAGAUUGUAAUUAAUAUUGUUCCUUGCAUUGCAUGUGAAACUUCAGCAAAUAAAAGACAGCUGAAACAUUGUCCUCUUAA